CAAGCCAUCGAGCAGCGAAGCCAGGUUCAGUUGAGCAAGGGACUUCGUUCGGGAAUACAGUCCCGUUCUGCUGGUGUGUAGAAAAGAGUUUUUUUUACGUCCGAGUCGAGUCGAGACUGGUCGUUUGUCGUUAUUUUUUUUCACCUUUUCCCCCGUUCCGUUUUCAUCCGGUGAUAUCAGUGUGUUUGUUGGACCAUCGAGUGGAUGUAGUAGGUGUAUCGUAUUCCCCGGAUUACCUGCCAUGUCAUCCAACAAUCAGAAAAUCUCCACCACGGAGCGUGUGAUUAAAAGUGUGCCGUUCCCGCCGAGUCGCAAAUUGUCUGUGGCCGAAGUGUUUGACACGAAGACGGGCAAACCUCGUCCGGAUGUGCUCAAGCAGCAUUUCAUUUUGGAGGGCCGGAUCGAAGAGGCGGCCGCCCUCCGCAUCAUCAACGAGGGAGCUGCUCUACUCCGCCAGGAGAAGACGAUGAUUGACAUUGAAGCUCCCGUCACAGUUUGUGGCGACAUUCACGGACAGUUUUACGAUCUGAUGAAACUGUUUGAAGUGGGCGGAUCGCCGGCCAAUACCAAGUAUCUCUUCCUGGGCGAUUACGUCGAUCGAGGAUAUUUCAGCAUAGAGUGCGUCCUCUACUUGUGGGCGCUGAAAAUUUGCUACCCGACCACCCUGUACCUGUUGCGGGGCAACCACGAAUGCCGGCAUCUGACGGAGUACUUUACCUUCAAACAAGAAUGUAAAAUCAAGUAUUCGGAGCGUGUCUAUGACGCUUGCAUGGAGGCGUUUGAUUGCCUUCCGCUGGCCGCCCUGAUGAACCAGCAGUUCCUCUGCGUCCAUGGCGGUCUCUCGCCAGAGAUCCAUUCGCUCGAUGACGUGCGAAAGCUGGAUCGGUUCAAGGAGCCACCGGCGUUCGGUCCCAUGUGCGACCUCCUCUGGUCUGACCCCUUGGAAGACUUUGGCAACGAGAAGAAUGCCGAACACUUUUCACACAACUCCGUCAGGGGUUGUUCCUACUUCUACAGCUAUGCAGCCUGUUGUGAAUUCCUUCAACAGAAUAAUCUCCUGUCAAUUAUUCGAGCGCACGAAGCUCAAGAUGCUGGUUACCGAAUGUAUCGGAAAAGUCAGACGACCGGUUUCCCUUCGUUGAUAACCAUAUUUAGCGCUCCUAAUUACUUGGACGUGUAUAAUAACAAGGCGGCCGUGCUUAAGUACGAGAAUAAUGUGAUGAAUAUCCGGCAGUUUAACUGCUCGCCUCACCCUUACUGGCUACCCAAUUUCAUGGACGUCUUCACCUGGUCUCUGCCCUUUGUCGGAGAAAAAGUGACGGAAAUGCUGGUCAACGUCUUGAACAUUUGCUCCGACGACGAACUCGUCUCUGAGGGCGAGGAGAGCAUCGAAGACGGCGGGAAAUUGGAACUCAAUGGGGAAGCAGCUGCCAUCCGUAAAGAAGUGAUUCGCAACAAAAUUCGAGCUAUCGGCAAAAUGGCCCGCGUCUUCUCCGUCUUGAGGGAAGAGAGCGAAAGUGUGCUCCAACUCAAAGGGCUGACCCCCACAGGAUCCUUACCGCUCGGCGCCCUCUCUGGAGGCAAAGCGACGCUAAGAAACGCUUUGCAGGGAUUCUCUCCCACGCACCAAAUCAGGUCGUUUGAAGAGGCCAAAGGUUUAGACGCCAUCAACGAGCGCAUGCCACCUCGCAAUGACGCUCCGCCGCCGUUACACGCGUCGUCCAAUUCGUCGAGCGUGUCGCCCGUCUCACCGAUUGCGGCGGCGGCGGCCGCCGUCGUGGCCGAGGCCAGUGCCAAUUCGCACGUGCCCAGCGUCAGCGUCAACAACAACAGCAGCGCAGGAGGAGGCGCUGGAGGCGCGGGCAGCAACAAUGUCCACUCCAAGAGUAACUCGCACGUCCCGACCGCAAGUGGAGGUGGUGGUGGUGCUGGCCACGGUCACUCCUGAGCCAGUCGGCAGUGAUUUCGUUUCGUUUUUUCUCUUUCUCUCUCGUUUAUUAUUAUUAUUUGUUUUUACUUCUUCCUUCAAUUUUUGUAAUUCCCGCCACCACCACUCCGCCGCCGCCCGUUCAGCCUCGACUUGACCCGGUAUAAUAAUUUAUCAAUUCACGUUUUUUUUUUCUGGUCGUCAUUAUUUUAAUUCAUUCCGAUCACGAAAAAUGUUGUUGUCGAAAACAAACGAAAACAGGUCCCACUAGACGGAGGAUUGGAAACAAAAAAAAAGAGAAACAAGUUAUUAAAAAGAAAAUGACAUCACACACAUGUGGGAGAAACACAAAAAUGACGUCGCUCGUUUGAAGAUCCUGCCGCGUUCGGUUCCUCUCAGUUUCAGAUUUUUGUUCAUUUUUUAAUUCUUUUCCCCUUCACACAAUUAUUAUUUUUUUUUUCGUGCGUGUGUGUCGUCCCGUCGGUUUCUCUUUAGCCAACAUCACACUUAUAUAUUCUCUCUCUCUCUCUCUCCUCGUCUUGAAUUUAAAGAAAGAUUUAAAAAAACAAAAAAAUUAAUACUAUUUGCGUGUGCGUGUGUGUGUGUGUGUGUGUGAGCGUUACGAUUUCUUCAUAUAUAUUCCUUCCUAUCCCUCCUGGAAAAAGAAAAAUCUCCUGCAAAUCACUAUUACGCUCUUGAAAUUUUUUAAAAAAUCCCUUUUUGUCUGUCAAACAAAUUUUCUCCCUUUUUCGCUUUCAUUUUUCCUUGGCCCCCUCGUUUUUUUGUUGUUGUUGUGUUUCGUGGGGCGUGUUUUGGGUGAGGACUUGCGCUUUCUCGUUUGUUUGAUUUAUAUAAUUAUUUCGUUUGAUUAUUAUUAUUUUUUUUUGUUCAUUUUGUUGUGUGUUUGCGAUAAUGAUGGAUGCUUUUUGUUUUUCAUCAUCCUACUGGCCUCCCGUCGGCUCUCUCUCUCUCUUUUCUCUCUUACAGAUCUGAAAAGUCAUCGCUCGAUUAUUAUACAAUUAAAAUCCAUGACAAGAAAAAUAUUAUCCAAUUUGUUGAAACAAAAAAAAGAAAACGUGAGCGGAUGCAAAGAGAAAUUUAUUUUGGGAAGGGGGAGAUCAAAUUGUUUGAUUGUGGUUAUUAGCCACUUCCCAACCAAUUUUUUGUAAGGAAAAAUUACCGACUUGUAGCGUUGUUUUAAUCGGAUGACGGAAAUUUGAUUGUGAUUCAAAUGAAUAUAAUCAACAUUUUUGUUUGCUUGUUUUCGAGACAAAAAAUUCAAACAUCAACCCAGUCGAUUUGUUGCUGGACAACUAGUCACUGCACAUGCCACCUAAACUGGAUGGGGGGUGGAGACAUUUUUUAAGGGGGGAGUUGAUAGAGUAUUAUUAAACUUAGUUGUUGUUUUUUCUAAAUUUCAUCUUAUUUAAUGAUUGUGCCGUGUUUGAUUAUUUUCUUGGUUUUUUUUACAAUUAGUGUUAUUAUUUAUUUUUAAAUUGUUUUCAAUUAAUACCAGAUGACUUGGGAGAUGUUGAAUUUCAUGUGUUUCUUCUCUUUUCCUUUACCCAAUUAAUUUCAUUUUUUUUUCUGUGUGUGUUGCCAGUGUCUUGGACGCGUUCAUUUUUCCCUGCUUUAGGUUUGGCAAUUUUGUUUUAGAAUUUUCGGACAGCGGCUAAUCAAAUUCUCUUUCUCUCUCUCCACUUACCGACGAUUUUAAUUUUAAUUAUUUUUGCGAGCUCGUUUUUGCCUUUAUAAUGAUUCGUGUACUUAAUUGUACUAUACAUAGUAUUAGAAUUCUAAUUAAUUACAUGCGUACGCGCAAACCGACAGCAGCAUAAGGAAAACAGGGAAAUCGGAGAAAGGCCACUCGUAUUUUAAAAAGGUAUCAAACGAAUGUAGAUUCUUUGAUUAUUCACUGUAAUCACGAACAGAACUGUUUGGAAGCUUAUCAUCAUCUAUCCCCAAUUUUUAAUCUCAAAAUAGUUUCGAUCGUCAAAUGUUGAGGUGAAAUCAAACCCGUUGUUUUAGAUUUGAAUUUCAAAUUUAAAUCCCAGUCUAUACAGCAAAAAAGUUAGCGGGAAAUUUAAAAAGAGAGCCGUCGGGAUGAUUUUUUUUUUUUUUUUAAUUGAUUAUUAUUUUAUCUCGUCCCACAUCACCACCACAUUUUUCGUCGAUCUUUUCAUUAUUAUUCACUAUAUUUCACUUGAGCCAUUCUAAUUUUUCUUUGGUCAUUUUUGUAAGAUUUAUCUCUGAUACAUAUUUAAGAAAAAAAAAAAAGCUUUUUAAAAAUUGACAAGACAUGAAAAAUCGUGACUAUUUAUUUUUAAUUUUUUUUUUAUUUGUGAUUGUGCGAGUCUUUUUUUUUACAUCUUAUUGAUAUAUUGAUAACUUUAUCUCUCUUUCUCGCCCGCCCUUAUAUAAUACCUGUUGAAUGCGUCGAUUUGUAAUUGAAUUUUUUAACAUUUUUUCAAAAAAUCCCAUUACAUGAAUUCCCCCAUAUAAUUAAGACUCUUUUUUCGAAAAAAAAAAAAUCUUUUCACCAUUUUUCACAUGUUGUGUGUAUGAAAUGUCGCGUCUGAUUUCUUUCUAUCUAUCUAAUUCUCCGGUAUACAACACAGGAAAAAAACAAACAAAUCUGAUUGUGUUUUUAUUAGUUUUUUUGGUUUUGGUUGAAUUUUUCUUUUCGGCAGGGGAUAAUUUUAUGUUUGAGGGGGGAGUGAGAAGAGAAAACCACAAAAAUUGUUAUAACAAAAGAAACAAGACACGAGCCCGUCCGGGAUUUAUCAAGACGAUUGUCCAAUUGGCCCCCUUGAUUAAUUUUUGGCUUUUUUGAAUUUAUUUUUUAAAUAAGAAUAUCCGUUAGAACUAAUUUUAAUCACACACACACACACACACACAUUUCAAGCUCUCUAAUCUCAUUUUUGUAGCCGUUGUUAUCAAUUCUCUCUCUCUCUCCUCUUUAACGUGUACACACCCCAAACUAACUCCCUCUCUCCGACUGUAUCGCAGAUUCUCUAAACAUUCAUCACGCCCUCCAGAAAAC